UUUGUUUUUUAAUCUUUUGACAGAAUCCAAAUCCAAUGAAAAUUUAAAAAUAAUAUAAAUAAUAUAGACCAAUAUUAUGAAACUGUAAGGAAAAAAAUUACGUUAUGGCGACCAAAACUAUUGCAAGUGCGACUGUGAGGGCUGUGAAAAAGCGAUUGCUGCCUUCUCGUGCUGCUCUGGUGCUUACUCCCUCGGCAGUAAGCAAGAUCAAGGAAAUAAUGGCUAAAGAAGAGGCUAAGGGAUUCAUCGGGCUGAAAGUGGGUGUCCGGCAGAGAGGCUGCAACGGUCUCUCCUACACACUGGAUUAUGCUAAGACCAAAGAGAAAUUAGAUGAAGAAGUUAAACAGGACGGAGUCACGAUUAUUAUAGAUAAGAAGGCACAGUUAACAUUAUUAGGAACUGAAAUGGACUUUGUAGAGAAUAAAUUAUCAGCCGAGUUUGUGUUUAACAACCCAAACAUCAAGGGCACCUGCGGAUGCGGAGAAUCCUUUAGUAUAUAGAAAAUACUAGAUAAGGCAUUCUUGCCAACAAUAA